CCUCCGACCAUCAGUACAACCACGAAGAAGAAGCAGCUGUAAGUGGUUCAAUAACUGCGGCUACAGAACAAUGUCGAUUGUCUUUGUGCCAAAGAAACUACGAGGGAAGGCGAAAAUUAACCAAGAAACAAUACAGCGGUUACUGGAUGAAAACGACCAGUUGGUUAGAUGCAUCUCUGAAUACAUGCAGAAAGGACGAGCAGUGGAGUGUGUACAAUACCAACAGAUCCUGCACCGCAACAUCGUCUAUCUAGCAACCAUAGCUGAUGCCAGCCCAGACAACAUGCCCCCCUCUUCAACUGCUACAGCCAAUGAAACCGCAGCCUCGACACCAACUGUGAAUGGGCAUUGAGGGACAUUAAUGUUUCACUGUAAAAUAUAUUUAUAAUAACCACUGUUUUCAGCAGUGUUGUCCAUUCCAGGAUCACUGAUGUGUCAAUUCAGGUAUAAUGAAUAUUUAUUGUGUAAAAAGUAUUUUGUUCGACUCAUUAAAAGUUAUAUUUUUGAUUUGA